UUUUGUCUGUCAUACCAGAGUAUUUCAAAACUUCAAUUGCUUCUACUCUGCAGGUAAAUAGGACUCCAAAAGGGCCCCCUCCUUUCCCUGGAGUCCCUCUUAUGAGCACUCCCAUGGGAGGCCCUGUACCACCACCCACUCCGUAUGGACCACCACCUCAGCUCUGUGGACCUUUCGGGCCUCGGCCAAUUCCUCCACCCUUUGGCCCUGGUAUGCAUCCACCACUAGGCUUAAGAGAAUUUGCACCAGGAAAACGGGACCUGCCACUCCACCCUCGGGAAUUUUUACCAGGACACGCACCAUUUAGACCUUUAGGUCCUCUUGGCCCAAGAGAGUACUUUAUUCCCGGUAUCCGAUUACCACCCCCAACCCAUGUUCCCCAGGAUUACCCACCACCUGCUGCAAGAGACUUAACUGCAGCCAGGCUCUAGAGAUGAGCCUCCUCCUGCCUCUCAGAGCACUAGUCAGGACUGUUCACCGGCUUUAAAGCAGAGCCCAUAACUAUGACCUCUGAUGUUUCACUAUAGAAAAAAAUGGACUGUGCAUUAUUCAUUACAGUAAAGGAUUUCAUUGGCUUCCAAAUCCAAGUUUAUUUUAAAAGAUCUGUUGUUAGAACUAAGCUGCCUUGGCAGUAUGCAUUUUUGAGCCAAUCAAUUCAGAAAUGUCAUUUCUUCCCUAAAUAAAAAUCACCUUUUAAGUUAUAGCAUCCUUACUACUUUGAAAUGUGCAAUAAAAAUACUUGUGUUUUAGCUUAUGUAGCAUUGUAAUUGCUAAAUGAUUUAGAAUGUCAUGAAAAAAUGAACAUUUCCUGUGGAAAUCCUUUAAAAACAUGUUAUUUCCAUCAUCCCGCUUUUAGUGUACACCAGCUGAAUAUGGAGCAACGGUGUUUAUAAGCAUUUUUUUAAAAACUGGUCCCAAAGACUGUUAAGCUAAAACUGUUUACUACAAGGUCAUUAAACUUUCUCUCCCCUCUUGCUGAAGUUCUUUGUAGUAAUAGUUCAUAAAAAGUUGUUUAUUAAUA